CGAUACGGAAACUUGUUUUCGUCUUGUCUAUCCAUCUUUCAUCUUAAACAUACUCAAUGUGGUAAAUUACAUUUCUUGUAACGAAUAAUUUUAUUUCUUUGGGGUAGAGUGAUCGAAAAAAGUCGUCCGAUAAUUAAUCGGGAUUGAAAAGAAGGAAGAAUCGUUCCUCUCCAAUCUCCCGCCCGAACAAAAGUUUCUUUUUCACUGGAUAUAAUAUUUCAUAAGUAUCUUAGAAAAUCAUCCUCAUUAUUUUAUGAUUACGUCCGUAAUGGAUAAUCGCGGUAGCAAAAGCGCGAUAGAAUCAACAGAAAGUGUCUGCUGGCCGUGUAGCGUGUGUAUGGCACGCGUAAUUUCACUUGUGUCAUAGUUCCUCUACAACCCUUCCUCCACCAGAGGAGGGGUGUUGGUAUCACGCGAGAGAACGGAGGACAAUUCGCUGUUUCUUCGCCGUGUCUUCUGAAAGAAGAGAACUCGUGAAAAGAACUCGCAAUCGCAUGUGUGAAGCGGAGUUUGUUGUCCUGCGAGGUGGUAGAUAGACCAACACACUACUGUUCCACUGGCGAAAGUGGGCUCGUCUUCCGGAUCAACGUCUCCUCGAUAAAUCGUAUAAGUCACUCGUCCGUUGCGCUUCCGUCUUUGCUGGUGAUGCGCAACGCACUCGAGUAAUCAAGUGCAUUAACACUACCUUGUCUUUGACGUUAAACUGUCGUAUUAUAUUUUGAAAUUAGAUUAUUCGUGCAGCAAUUAUUCAAACUUGAUCGAUCAACCUCUCAGAAUGAAUUUAUUAAGGAAAGGAUAAUAACAACAUAAAUAUUAAACAGAGAAAUAUCGUAUAUGGCCAUUGUAUAUCCGUAUCUUUUCGAAUCACCGUUUAAGAGAUUAAAGCGAUACGUCUCCAUUUCCAAUAAGAAUCACCAUUACUUUUCCUCUGUUAAUUGCAUAAAAUUUAAGACCUUAUCAUUAACUUAUCGUAAUUAUCUGAAUCUUAAUUUUAAAUCUAUUCGAAGAAUUGUUUGUAACGAAAUUUCUACUAUAAAUUCAAUAUUAUUUCUUUUCACCUACUAGACGUAUCAUUAACUUGCGAAAAUGUAAAUCUACGAAAUCUGCGACGAUUGCGAACGAUAAACAUCCGAAGGAGCAAUCUCUAACAUCGUGGAGACCUGGAGAUAUCUCUUCCAAAGGUAUUUCUCUCUCUCUCUCCCCUUCUCAACUAUUUAUUAUUAUCGACGAAAUAAGAAACGUUUCUCCUAGGCUAUAGAUAAUCAUGGCGCAUUUAUUAUUUCGACAUUCUCUCCUCUUCUCGUGCGACAAUUUCGCGGAAAAUUACACGGCAAGCACGAAUAAAAUUCCGGGUUGAUAGUUGGCCGAUGGUUGCAACGACACGAUUCUUGCUUAAAUCGUCGUCGUAUUGGAUUGCGACGAAAACGCACCGUUCCGAGGGGAGAUCGUGUCGAUCCGCCACGGAAGAUUCGCAGCUCGUUCCUCGACGUGACUCAAUAUCGUUUGCCGUGGUCGCCGCUCGCCGCUUUCUAACAUCUCUUGCCACGGGGGGGACCCGGCUAAUCAGAUUCGUUCUUAAGAUAUCUGACGAUCUUCCUCGCCGGCAAAGGCGUCGGUGACUGGCCCGAAAUGACCUUUCCUCCUCGGUUCGGAUCUUAAACGCGGCCGGUGGAUUCAAGCGUGUGCCUCGAGGGUCAACCGAUAAACCGGUGUUGCUGCGACGGUAAGAGAUGUAUGGUACCACUUCCGCUUCUCUCCCGAGAGGUACGACCGAAAGUCUCCUCGUACGUGUCGGACAUACGUAUAUUCGUGAACAGGAUGUUUCAUAAGAUGCCGCUCUAUAACGAUCUCAAGCGUUCAGGUAUUUCCUGAACCGAAAACACGCGUCCCCGCGUUCUCAUAAUGCGGAUAAACGUACGAGGAUGGCUCGAGGAAAGGAGAUUUUUCAUUUUUUUUUUUCCUUCUAAUAACAUCGUGCAACAUCAACGUUGAUUUAUUAUAUACAAACGUUUCGCAAAUAUUUUCCCAAGAUCUUCGAAGAUUAUUUUUUAGCGAGGCAAUGGAUUCGAAUAAAAGAUAAUUAACGAAAGGAGGAUUAUGGAUUAUGGAUAUUUUUGAGAAUCUUGCUCGAAGUUCGAUUUCGUAUAUAUAUAUAUAUGUGUAAGAAAGACAAGUCAAUGAACUAUAAUUGGUGGGAAAUUUGUCACAGAAUUAGAUGAGGAUUGACGUAGUGUGAAACAUUAAUUUCGAGAAAGUGGAGCGAAGACAAAAGGUGGAUAAUUUCGGUCGAUUACUUCACCUCUGCGUUUCCUCUGCGUUUACAUCUUCUGCAAAUAUUUUUUUAUUUACAUUCGCAAAAUCUCGAGCGAUGGUCGAAAUAUCUUCUCGUAUUAUCGGGAUGAAAGAGGAGGAUGAGAGAAGGCACGAAAACAAAUAGCUUGGUAUGAAAGGAUUAUAACACCAAAACUCAGUCACGAAAGAAACAACCGGUUACAAGAACUCUCCCAUAAUGAAUACAAUGCUUUACGUAAGGUGGUACGCACACAUGGGAAAAAAACUUCAAAAAAACACGACGUUUUCCUUGAUAAGGUCGGUAAGAACAAGAUAUCAAAUUCUUUUAAUAAUAAAUAGAAAACAAUGAGAUGUAAUCGCUUCAUCUUUGAAAAAAUUCCAAUUUGUUUCAUAAGAAAUGCAGAUUUCCUUUUUUUAAAUUAACGACUAUAUCGACACAAAGAAGAAAUACGAGAGAAACAAAAUUAACGGUUACUUUUAUCUUCCGGAAUCCUAAAUGGAAAGGAAAAUUUCUUCUUUUACACUAUAACAAAAUGCUUCGAAAAAUGUUACGGCUGAUUCAUGUAAUUAUCUUCGCCAUUAUUCGCCUCAACGAAGCUGAACGAAUGACAGAGAGGAGAAAGAUCUCAUUGCCUGUUUCAAUUUUACAAAUAGUCUAAACAAUGAACGCAAAAGACAUUUUCUAUCGCGAUAAAAUAGUCGAUAGAAAUCUGUCUUUUCUUAACCGAUAGAAGGAAAUAUUUUUCUCCAAAAUUCUUUCAAUUUUAAUAAUAAUUUCAAAUUUGAAAAAAUCAUUUUAACCCGAUCGUUAAUCAAAACGAUCUAAACGUAAUUAGUUAACGAUUUAUAUCAGUUUCUUACAAGUCUUUGAAUAAUUUCCUCGAUAAGAUGAUGAUAUGUAAUCAGUUAAUCAAGAUAAUUACUCGUGCAACAUUUUUUAUUAUGCAAAAUUAAUAAAAUUAGAUACAGAUUAGAAACUUUAUGAAACAAGUAUAAUAUUUAAUACAAAUAAGGAAUAUAGGAGAAAAAAGUAAAAGAAAUAAAAAAAAUCGAUAUUUUCAUUCAGUUUUUUUUACAAUUUCACAAUUCGCUACUUGACUUUGUAUAAUUAUUUCACAUACAAAUUUACGAAUAUACGUAAAAACGAAAAAUAUAUUCGUUCAAUUCUCGUCUCUUUGACCAGCUUACGAUCUAUCUCUCGACUUUCUCGAUUCAACUUCGUUAAGAAAAGUAAUCUGUUUCACGCAACACGCAGCCUGUGUUUGCGAUAAUAUCUGGCGACUCGAUUCGUUCAUUCGAUUGUUACCUUAACGCGAUGCUCUCCCGUAUCGCCUCGUUAGAUUUCGAGCGUGCAAAGGUGAACAAAAUAACCGGAAAGGAACGUGUGACUCAAUGAAAGGAACCGUUGCUCCCCAUUGUUCAAUCACGAUUACAAAUCCGAUAAUAACACUGUAAUAAUAUUAAUAUUAUCGAUAUCCUAUCUAUAUUUAACCCGCCUUUCUUUUAAUUAAUCGAAAAGUGCAAAGAGUUUUUUUUCUUUUUCUAAAAUAUCCAUUCGAAUUUACAAUAUAUAUAAAUCCGAAACAUCGAUGCAUAAUUGUCGAAGAAGGAACGCGAUUUACGAAUGUGAAAAAAUAAACGUGGAAGAAACGAGAGAUGCGUAGUGAUAGAAAUCAACGAAUCGAGACGAGGAUUUCCAUUGAUUCUUCGUGAUAAUUUUGUUCGUGGAAUCUGGGUGACUUUCGCGCGUAUCCUCUCCUCGGUUACUAAGGACGAUACCACCGAACGGUCGGUGUCGUUCGAGAAACUAGAAGGUUACCAGUUACUCCUGAAAUAAUUGCCUCCUUUGAAUUAGCAUUACAAAAGAGGAAGGCGGUACGUAUGCGAGUACGCGCUCGUUAAGACGCCAAGUUUUAUUUCGCUAUCUGCCGGCUAUUGUUUCAACAUCGCGCUAUCCGCCCGGGCCCUGUGUCCGUAAGCUUCCCUUCUCCAGCCAGCGAUGCCUUUGGGACCGAUUGCUGGAAAUUUGAAAUAAUAUCCCUUAUUAUCAAUCAAAUUUAUAUCCAUCAAAUCUUUCAAGACCAAGUUUAUCGUAAUGAUUGCAAGGGAUUACACGCGAGGGAUACAUCUAUAUUUAAAAUAGAAAGAGAAUUUUUUAAAAGAACGAUCUAAUGAACGUAUUAAUAAAUGCUUCCAAUUUUAUUAAACACAAUUUCGCGAAACAAAUUACACGUACAAAUUAAAUCCCUUUGCGUGAUAGCGAAAAAAGAAAAGAAAAAUUUAACGACUUCCAGGUAGCGAGAAAAGAAUGGCACUAAUUGAAAUCGAACCCUUGGAAGUUUGUUAGACGCAUACAUAUGUAUAUGUCGUGCGAACGGAUCGUUACUCGAAAAAAAAAAAAAGAAAAAAAUCUCUCCGGUUCUCGCGCAGGUAUUGUGUAGCUGAUAUCGUCGGGAAGAAACCAAGUUCCAUUAAAAAAAUCGUGAUCGUUGCUCGACAACGUAGCCGUCCUGGUCGUGUACCCCUUGCUGAUCGUCCAACGAUCUAUAUCAAUCAACGGAAAUAAGACAAUAAUCCAGAAGGAUCGAGUAUAGACGAGUAAAAUGACAACGAGAGGUUCGUAUCGGUCGCAGACUUCUGAGAGAGAGAGAGAGUGAAAGUACGUCAUUAUAAUACUCAUCGCGGUUUGCCCAAAGGAUUAGCCAUAAAUUGCGCGUCGCAUCAAAUGCCAACAGGCAACUUAAUGACUACCGUAAUCAUUUUGAAAGUCCGGUGAAUCGGUGAACCGUGAGAAUGAACAAGAUAUUCUCUACUCGUCUUCAGGGUUGCGUCACACGUCACGAAGAAAAAAAAGAAGAAAAAGAAGAAAGAGAAAAAGAAAAGGAAGAUAGGAACGAGACGAACACGAUACGGCUAUUUGUUUCUUCCGACAACGAGGUUGACUCGCUUUCAUGUUGUCGAUUGUUGAAUGUCACUGAGCCACGGACAUCAGGCCGAUCGUUUAUACUCAUCACGGAUUACUGUACUAUAAUGGAAACCCCAUUACCACGGCCAGGGAUUUGAUUAGGAUAAUCGAUUUCACGGAAUCAUGCACAAAAAUUUAUCCAGAAUGGCAUGCCUUGAAAUAAUCAUAUUUUUAUGUUCAAUGAUCACUUUUACGGUCAGCAAUUGCGAAACAGAGUCAGAAAAUAGUAACAAGAAGGUAAAUUUGUUCAAGUUCCCGUCAGAGUUGGAUUUAUCAAGCCUAAAAACAUCGUUAGAAAACGAAGAAUCGUUGAGAAAAAUAGUGAAAAGACUGGCACCGGAGAAGAAUGGCGAGUACCAAAUUUAUCAAGUCUUCUUCGGAAAUGUGGAUCUUCUCAAGGAAUGGCUCAAAGGAGCGGGCGUGACAGGACAGCCCGGAGUAGACUUUCCAGCACUCACGACAAUUCCAGCCACUUCGUUCAGCUGUCGCGGCCUGAAAGGUGGUUACUACGCGGACUUGGAGACAAAUUGUCAAGUAUUCCACAUCUGCGACAAUGGCCGGAAGAUAUCGUUCCUCUGUCCCAACGGUACCAUCUUUCAGCAAUCGCAGUUGAUUUGCGAUUGGUGGUUCAAGGUGGACUGUAGCAAAUCCACCGAGCUGUACGAGCAAAGCAGCGAGCAGCUAUUCGAGGAGGAAAGAAGACGAGCCGAGACGAGCCGAAAGAAAUCGAAAUUCGACUAUCAACAAUCGAUCGAGCAGCAAGAUCGCGGCCAACAAGACGAUUACUACGACGUUCAAAAUCUUAGUUACGACGGGAAACAGAAUGGAAGGAUCAAACCUUACGAGGAGCCUCCCCAAGAUAACCAGCUGCAAUCGAACAGAGAGAGGAUCAAAUCCUCCCGUCAUUUUGACUCCGGCAAUAAUUUCAGUCGGGAAUCGAACGCGCAAAGAGAUAACGAUCAAUUGUUCGGUGUUAAUGGGUUUCAAUCAUCGAAUCAACCGCCCAACUUGAAGCAACAAUUCGAUCAAUUUACAAGGAAUACCGAGGAAGGGAACGUGAAUAGGUAUUCGAGCACGAAUCAAGAUUAUUACACAGCCUCGAAAAAGACUCAGAAUUACUACGUGACCAAUAGAAACUCGAAUGCCCAACGGGACGAUAAAGGAUCAACUCUGAAGAGAUUGAAGUUCAAAGGUUUGUCCGGUAGAAAUAAUUCAACCUCUACUACCGCUUCCCAAAGAGUGACUCCGGCUUAUACCGAGUCGACCACGUUCAGAGGAGGCAAUACCAGCCCUGUGAAAGAAUCCCAGCAAUUUGCGGAAAGCGCGGCUUUCGUUGGAAAUCGUGGGAAUCGAUUCAACGAGAACACUGGAAACACGCAUCACUAUUACUACCAAUUGUAUAUCAAUCGAGGGGAUUCUACCACGAGAAAUCCUAAUUACGACCCGACCACUUCGACCAUCCGGGAUAACGAAAACGACGUGUCCACGAGGAGAAACGAUUACUCGCACUCCUAUUACGAGACGACCACGCAAUACCCGACACCCACAGCGACCACUACCCCCUACAACGACGAGAUCGCCACGGAAAGUAGCCUCUCGACAAACUCGUUUGCCAAUUUCGAUACCCGACCAACCGAAUCCCUUCGAUUCGCCAAUACCAACUACGAGUAUCGCGGACACCAGAAGGUUAGAGGCAGCAACGUUCGAAGCAGCUUCGUCGAUAAAAAUCACCACAAUAUUAACGAUAACAGGGAAUCUAACAGAGUGGCUAACGUAGGAACGAUUCCUCCAACCGCUCGUUCCUACGUGGCCACGGAUGCGUAUCGUCAAAACACCGUGACACCGAGCUCCCCGCAACAGAGGUAUACGACUACCGGUCAUUACCAGUCGCCUACGUCGACCGCGUCCUUUCGCAGCAAUAAUUUCGCUCGUGGCACGGAGAGGCCGGUGAACACGAUCGAUAGUCGGUCCAAUGGAUUGAACGGCGAUACGAAACCGAGCGGGAAGAACCCUUCCACGGUUUCGCCAGGUUAUCGACAAAACUUCAUCAGCACCAGCACCGAGAAACCGUACAAGACCACCGCGAUUUAUCAAGAAAAUACGGAGAAAGAUCUGAGCCCUUACGAUAGAAGUUUCACGUACAAACAGGGCAAAGUGAUGUCCACUCUGGGUCCUUACGUCCCGUUCACCAGGAAUUACGCCUACACUUGGGCAACCAGCACUUCGAGACCCACCCUCUACACUCCCACGGUGCCUACUUACACCACGGCUUACCCAUCGCCGAAAGCUUCCACGCCGAAAUCGAAACAUCCUACAUCGACGAGUGGAAGCAAGACGAACGGGUCGCGAUCCUCCGAGAGGGAGCACGUGUUAAGCAUGCUCCAUUCCCUGAAGAAUCUGGAGCACAGCGUGCCCGGCCUGUCCGACGCGUUCAAAGGUGGCGAGAGAGCGACCAAUGUUUCCGUUCCCCCCGACCCAUCCACCUUACACUCUCUGGCGCUCUAUUUUUCCACGGCUACCGAGAACUUUAACUCCAACGAGACUACGGACUCGUCCGUGAACGUAGCAUCCGUCGAUACACUUUCGAAAAAAAGCAAUGGAACGGUGCAAGUGCCGACCAGCCUUCUGACCCGACACACCAUCGAUUCGUACACGGAACUGUUCAAAUUGAACGACGCUGUGGAGAUAGAUAACGCGACGAGCACGGAAGAUCGUCUGGAUAACGCGAACAGUUACGGAGAGGACGACGAUCUGGAGCUUCAACAAAGCGGAGGAUCACUGGACGACCUUCGAAAGUCGAACGGUACCAGACUUCGAGAACUGGCACAAGUGUUCACCCAUGCUUUGUCCGCGUAUUUAUUGGAUCCAGACACGUUCAAGAAGGUAUUGACCGAGAUCAGACCCACCGAACCGUCUCGAACUACUUUGGAAACCGAUCUAUGGGCUACCACCACCACUCCUUAUCCUGCCCAGCAGGAGGACGAAGAUGACGAUUCAUUGGGCGGGGAAAAGGACGAGGUUCUAGACUUCUCCGACGACAGCAACGAUGUCAGGCAGAAAUUGACCACCACUUAUCCCACUACUUUCGAAUUACCAAGCACUACGGCGGUACAAGAAAAUAUUUACGAGGCCUUGAGCACGUUGCCAAGUACCUAUUACACUACACCCAGAACAUCUGGCCAAGAUUUCUUCGAAUACAGUACGAACUUGGUAUCGUUGAAUCCCGUCUCUAGUAACUAUUUCGAGAGUUCCAUGCCACCGACAGAGAGCACAGAGUUUACGGCAGAGGCGAACAGCACGCCGUACACGAGCGGAUCUUAUUACAAUCGGAAUAACGAGAUAGAGAAAGAAAGCGUCGAGUCAACGGAGGGCCGUCUCCCCUCUUCCGACGAGAAUCAAAAUCGAGUCGGGGGUUUCCAAAACAACAGCGUCACGACAACCGCGACCGAACCGUACACGGACAAAAUAUCGUUCCUCACCACUCCCGUGAGCGAUAAUUACGUCGUCUCACCGACGCCCUUACCGCCAUCGAUGUUCGUGCACAUGGUCACCUACAAUUGGAACAAGAAAUCGACCAGCAAAAAGCCCGAGCAACAGCUGAGUCCUCCGUUGUUCGACGCUCAUUCCCAAGCGAUUCGAAAGGGGAACGACAAGAUUGCCGCGUCCCUGAGGCCCGAGAAUUAUCCCAGCACACAGACGUCGGCGCACAACGUACGCGCGACGACCUUCGCCUCGACCAAGAAUUACGAGACGUCGACCGAGCAACCUUUCAAAAUUCCUCGAGAAAAGUCGUUGUUGACCGAGGCAAAAGUUGGAAUUUCCCUGCCUACGUCGCGAAACAGUUACACGAAAUUCAGGAAUCUUUACAAUCGCGUGGACGAGCACAAUAUCGAGACAACCGAGAGAGCGACGCCUGCGACGACCCUUCUAACCGAAUUCCCUGUAACAACAACCGUAUCCAGCGUCGAGACUACGACGUCUUACGCGAACGACUCUAACGACCCGUUCGAAUCCACGAGUCGCAAGAAGGAAGAACCCAAAGUAUUGGACAACGAUCAUUGGACCUCGUCGCCGGCUGUCACCCAUCUGUGGGAGACCUCCGUGUUCGUCGAUCCUCAAAGGAUCAACUACGAUUUGGAGUCGGAUCUCGAAUCGACGGUGACAACGGGAACGCAGUUCACCGUCACGGACAGUCGGGAGAGGAUAGAAUACGGGAACACGCCUUCCUUCGAUGACGACAUGUCGAUCGGUUCGGAGGAGUCGUCGUCCACGGACGAGGAUACGUCGCUUUCCGUGCAAAGAUCGUCCAGGGACGAGGACUCGCCGACGAGCUUCUCCCUGCUUCCAACUUCGUUCACGAACACCGUGACGCCAAAGCCACUGAUCACCACACGAUCCAGCAUCACUACCACGAUAACGUCCUCCGUCACGUCCACGAAAUCGUUGGCUGGCCAACAGGGCUUGGUGACUUUGCUUCCUUACACGGCCGCCGCGAGCAAGUCGAACGGGACGGAGAACGAAAUUGCGGAGAAAUUGUUCGGCAAAUUAAACGCUUCGAGCACCGAUACGUUGAUGAGAGUGAUGAAACAGGCGGAUAAUAACGAGACCGUUCGACAACUCGUCCUCCUUUUGAUACGGCAUUGCAACGAUCCGGCAACGAACAACACGUUGCAACGGGAGAAGGAGGAGUUGUUGAACGCGCUGCUCAGGUUGCCCGUGAACGAAUUCUCGUCCGAGGAGUCGAAGAACGUGGUGGCCGAGAUUAAUCAGCUCAAUCUGCCCGCCGUUAAGUCGGUUAAUUACGCGAGAAGCGGUUCGACCGCGCCGCCGUUGAUUACCGAGCCGCCUGUGACCACGUUCAGGAGUAAGAAGAGCCGUAAAUUUCGCUCGACCACGGAAAAUUCGGCGAAUAUAGCGAGACGAUCGGAGAAGGUAUCGGACGAGAAUAAUUCCCUGCAGGAGGACGAGAGUUUCGCGUCUGACAACAGGGCGCUUGAACUUCUCAGAUCGUUGUACACUAUAGCCACUAAAUGGGGGUGAAAUUGUAAGAUACAAUUGUGGCGAGGGUCGUUUUAGCGUGGACAGGCUUCGAAGAAGAUAAAUUCAUUCGUGUCUUUUUUUUUUUUUUAAAUUAUUCUUGUUGCUAUAUCGUAUUGGUUCGUUUGGAAUCGAUCGAUCGUUCAAAAAUAUAUUUGUCCUGAUGAUAAUUUUGAACGGUUGGUCAAUUUUGAACGGACUAUAGAUGCAUUAGAUAAUCUGAAUUGAUCGAUCUUCUUUUUCUUCUUAAUCUUGUAUUUUGGAUUAUUUUUGCUCCAUCAAUUUUCUCGGUUCGAUUAAAGGAAAUUAAAUUUCAAUUACGAAAUUGGAAGAUUUUUACGGGUGAUGGGAAUACAAUACGUAUUUAAUUAUUAUACGAUGGAAAUAUCUCUUCUUUAAAUUUUAUAUACGCACGGAAUAUUUUCAAAGAAUAAAAGAUAAGAAGUUACGAUUAGUUGAUGAACGACGAAACGACUCCCGAUUAAUUUCGCUUGAAUCGUGCGUCACGGAGAGACCGUGGGAAUAAUGAAAUUCUUUGGAACUCGUUCGUUAGACUGUAAAUUAAUUAUAUAUCUACUAAUUGCACCUGAUCGUUAACAGUAUUACAUCGCAUAUCGCGUACACUUGUAUCAUAAUCGUUGUACACCCUUUGUUGAAUAAAUAAGGAUUUCGAUGUUCUAUGAUAAAUUCGACGACUUACCCUCCACGCGAGACAUGGAUAUAUCCACUUAUAUUUAUAUGCGUUGAUAUGGUUUUUGUGGUUUACAAAAUUUUAAUCAUUAUGAGGAAAACGUAGAUUACUUGGAAUCGCUUUAAACCUUGGUGCUGGUAUGUUUUUUUUGCAUCUUAUCUUAAAAAGUAACAACUUCGAAGAUACGAGGCCCUUGUUAAAUGUAAAUGAAUGAAUCGUUUGCAAAAUCUUUUUUUUUUUUAUUUCAGUUUAACAAUUUUUUUUUCGUUUUAUCCAUUUUCUAAAAUAAAAUAACACGAUCGAUUCGUAAUAACAUUGAACAACGAUGUCUAUCUCUUUAUUUCGAGAUCUAUUAUUUUUUAAUUGUACUUCGUUUUUAAUGAGUAUUCAAAUCGAUGCUUAUCACACAUUACCGGUCAAUACUCGAGUUGGCAAAAUAGAUAUUAUCAGACAUUAUGUAAAAUACUAUUUGUACAGAAUGUGAAUAAAUAAAAGAGGGUUUUGUUAAUGUUUA